AUGGCGGAGCAGAAACUCAAACUGUACUUUUUGGCAUCCAAAGUUCCAAACCACACCAAGUUUGACAGUUCAACCAAAGACUUAAGUGCCGAAAACCAAGAACAGGGGAACGGACAAAACGUUGACACUGCCGAGUCUUCUCAACCGCGCAGAAAAUUUCAGACGCGCGACUUCGCAGCCGGCCGGCAGCCCGGCUGGAACAGUGAAGCGCAGGAACGUUCCCAGCUAGUUCCUGCCACUUUCCCGCCAUCUUCUCGCCCGGCCUCUAUAUCAGCGCCCUCCCUUGGACUCUCCCGCUGCUUUGUUCUUGUUCAUCGUCGGUCUUCCCCAAUGGCUCCGCCUUCCUCCAGCAGCAGGCGCCUCCAAUGGUCCGGAACCGACAACGCUGCCGGCGGCGAGCUGUCCCUGCCCCGCAGGCGCUGGCAGUCUGUGCUGCAGGUUACGAGAACGAGGAGGAAGACGACGGAGGGGUUGUUUGGAUUCAGACGGAUGAUGGAGGCGGAGUUCAUGGGCAUGUUCCUCCCGGUCUUUGGGUCAAUGCUUCAGAGAGUGGUCUCAGAGGAGGUAGAGAAAGCAAUGUUCAGACAAUUCAGUGCACCAGCAGCACCUCCAAGAUUACUGGUGGACAGGAAUCAGCACCCGAGGUACCAGCUCAUGUUCUUAAACGGUCUGAAACCCGUGUACACAAUGACAAAACUAGAAUCAGACGACGGAACAGCACUGAAGGUGGCAAUAGUCGAAAGGCUUGAAAACAGUCGGCCUAACAUCGUCAGAUACGGCCCUCUCUCUUCUAGUAGGGUUGAAGUUGUAGUCCUCCAUGGCAACUUCAAUGCUAAAAAUGAGGAAUCCUGGAGCCCUGAGGAGUUCAAGAAGCACAUCGUAUCCGGUCGAGAGAAGAGCGCCCAGCUUCUCACUGGGAAUCUGGCACUGAAGCUCAAUGGAGGCGAGGCUGUCCUUGAGAAUGCAACCUUCACCGAUAACUCCAGCUUCACCAGCACCAAGAUGUUUAGGCUGGGGUUGAGGCUUGUUAAUUCUUCUGAGAGAGAGUUCUUGAAGGCGUCACCAAGCCUUUUCCACUACCCUCCAAUGCUGGAAGAUGAAGUGUGGCGUUUGAAAAAGAUUGGUAAAAUUGGUGCCUACCACCAGGCCUUGUCCGAUAAUGGAAUCCAUUCGGUGCAGGAGUUCUUACGGGCUUAUAUGAAGGAUGAACAGAAGCUUAUAAAGAUUUUCAACAAGAUGCCACAGUCAACAUGGAAAUCCAUCAUAGAGCAUGCCAUGACGUGCAAGGUUGGCGACAGUCUUUACCUUUACGAAGUUCAGGGCAAGGAUGCGGGUCUUUUCUUUGAUGAGAUAUAUCAGCUUGUUGGGGCAAAGUUCGGUGAUUGUUACAAGCCGAUUGACCAGCUUAACGAAAUAGAGAAGAAUUUAGUGCAAGCCCUGAAGCAAGGAGCCUAUCAGAAUAUAGAUGGCUUGCAGCCUAACUACAAGAUGGUGAACAACUACCCUGUACUCUGCAGUUUCCCUGCGCAGGGUACUUCCCUGUUUAGUGCUCUUCAUCCAAAUCAGCAGAUACUCAACUAUGAUAUGGGGGAAAGCUCAACUGGAGUAGGAUUUGGAUCAAGGCCUUCAAGGGAGACUUUCAACACAUCCCUUGGAGCCAGUAAUGUGCCGGUUGAUAUAUCUAGGUUUGUUCAGGGGCAAAGUUCCAAUUAUAUGCCGUUAAGACAUGAGCAAACAAUAAACAGAGUUCUACCAUAUGAUUCAAGCAAAGGAGCCUUGUUACCCAGACCAAGACUUGCACAGUUGCAGAUACCAAACUCUGAGGGAACAUUUUUUGGUCCAGAUGCUAGUCCGCCUGCUGUUAUUCCAAACAACAUUCUGGUUGGUCAGGGUGCUGCACUCUCUGAAGAAUCAUACAGUGGUCUUCCAGUCGACAGUUUAUCAUCUACGGACGUGAUCAUGUCUUUGAUGCAAUCUUCAUUCCAGCUUCCGAGAAACAGUGACAGUUUUAGCAACCAUUCUGAACAGCAAUGCCAUGGUCAUACAACAAUGCAGUUACAACAAUUUGUCACUGGGUUCCAGCCAUCAAGAACAAACAGUUUUGACUUAAACUCAUGCGAUGAACUCGUACAGAACUUCAUUUCCAAGAUUUCAAAAAGUGAAGGGGCAUCUACACCACUUUCACCCCGCAAAUGGGUCAAGAUCAGAGCUGCGUUGAAGUUAGCAUCUGUAGGGAGGCUCUCCAGGACCUCAAGGAGGGGUCCGCAUUGCAACCCACCAAGGCCAAGGCUUGUACCGAUAAUAUGA